CAGCAGAACGCGACAGUGCUACUACGCGAUGAGCACGACUACCGCGCUUGGUACAACCAACUAGAAGCGCGCUGCGUCACCUACAAUUUGUGGGAACAGGUUAAUCCUGAUGGGACAAAGCCGCUUUUGACGGAGCCGACCCCUCCGAAGCUCCCAGAAUACGGCGACUAUACGCCAAUCAAUACGCUGCCUACGGGGCAAGUACCAACUAAGUCAACCGACCUAUCCACCUCAGGUCAGCGAGCCUACAAGGACGACCUUGAGGUCUACAAGCUUAAAAUGGAGCUGUACAAGGUGGAUUUCGCCAAGUACAAGGCCGAAGUGGCAAACCUCCAGCAGAUCAAGAUCCUGAUCCAAUCCACUGUUGCAGCUCAUCUACAGCGCACCUGCUGUCCGCCCAGCGGAUCAAUCAAAGACUGGAUCAAGAACCUAAAAGCCCAAGUCGGUAUCACUAUCGAAAAUGAGCGAGAGCAAGCGCGACAGCGAUAUCACAACGCUCUCAAACCACCACGAUUAGCGAGUAACUGGGAUACCUGGCUCGCUGAGUACAAUCAAGCCCUGACUGAAGCUGAGACACUUAAGGUGUCCGAUACUACUCAGUUCAGGCCAUUAGCUGUAGACUUUAUGUCAGCAGUGAAUAAAAUAGCUCCAAUAUGGGUAAUGCACUUUUAA